AUGAGGAGUUCUAAGCAUGAAGAUCAAGGAUCUGAGCCGACUUCUAAUCAGCCGUCCCCCAUCGUGUUGCAUAAGCAAAUUCCUGACCCAGAAAACCUUCAUGAAGACAAGCUGUGCGAGGCAGCUUCUAGUGAGGCAUCAGCCCUCAGUGGACGUGGUAGAGCUCCGAGGGCGGGGAGGCCCUACGAGUGCAUAGAAUGCAGGAAAUCCUUCAGGUCCUCCGCGUCCCUCACCAUACACCAGAGAACCCACAGCGGAGAGAGACCAUACGUGUGUAAGGAAUGCGGCAGAGGCUUUGUCUAUUCUGCACGUUUAACCGCACAUGCCUGUGCCCACGGUGAAAAGAACCCUUACAAGUGCGAGGUGUGUGGCAAAACCUUCGGGUCCUCCUCUUUCCUCGCUGCGCACAGGAGAGUCCACAGUGGAGAGAAGCCCUACACAUGUCAGGACUGUGGGAAAAGCUUCAGUCAGUCCUCUCACCUCCGCACGCACAGCAGAAUACACAGCGGACAGAGGCCCUACGCGUGCACCCUGUGCCCGAAAACCUUUGCGUACUCCACGUCCCUCAAGCAGCAUUGCAGGACGCACAGUGGAGAGAGGCCCUACGCAUGUAAGGAAUGUGGGAAAACCUUCAGGAGUUUCAUCUGCUCCUCCUACCUCAUCCUGCAUCUGAGAACGCACAGCGGAGAGACGCCGUUCCAGUGUCAGGAAUGUGGGAAGGUCUUCAGUCAGUCGUCCAACUUGAGAACACACAUGCGGGUUCACAGUGGAGAGAAGCCCUAUGCAUGUGAGCAGUGUGGGAAGGCGUUCAGUCAGUCCACAGGCCUCAUGAGGCAUGCAAGAACUCAUGACGGCGAGAAGCCUUACGAAUGCCCCGAGUGUGGGAAAGGCUUCAGCAUCUCUGCGUCCCUCAGGAUCCACGCGAGAACUCACAGCGGGGAGAGGCCGUAUGAGUGCACGGAGUGUGGGAAGACCUUCAGGUGUUCCUCGCAUCUCAACACGCACAAGAGAAUUCACACGGGAGAGAAGCCUUAUGAGUGUCAGAAAUGUGGGACAAGGUUUAGGUGUUCCUCACACCUUACUACACACAGAAGAACUCGCCAUCAAGAGUCCCUGUGA